AUGGCUGCAGGAGACGAAGAGGAGACUACACCUCAGCAAAACACAUCUGAGGGACAGAACAACAAUAGUGGUGCUCUUCCAGACACUGCUGGACUACUUGGCAGCAAGCCACCACUACAGCUCGACAAGAAGGCUGCCGAAGAUGUUGCUGGCAGUCUCAAGAUACACAUCAAGAUCGCUCUCGAAAUUGACAUUCAGAUCACUGCCCGAAUCAAAGGCAAGCUUGCGUACAUAUCUGUAGUCCUUUCACACUAA